AUGCUUCCACCUGUUAUUCUUCAUUACCGACUGCUUUUAUCUAUCUUCCACCCGAACUUCUAUCUUUCACUCGAAUCCAUCUUCUACACCUUGUCUGCUUCCCACCGCCACCACAAUUCUCGAAUUUACGUCUCCUUUAGAUUUGAGAAGGACCUACAUCAAUACUUCUUCAGGAUUCAGAAACCUUCCGACAUCGAUUACACUGCAAACCUCGAUUACACGGGACGACUUCCUGACUACAGGUUUGGGAAGUGGGUUUUGGAUGACAAACAUGCCUAUAAGGCGUUCGAUGAAAUGUUUGAGCCAAUUAAUCGGGAUACAAUUACAGCUUUUGAGGUGCAACCCGAGUUUGUUUUCCAGUUAUUAGAAAAUAAAAGAGGAACACAUAUUUUUUUUGAGCAUAUUGAGGCAAAAUAUAUUUGCGGAAUUACAGCCGAUGCAAACACUCUGUGUGGAAGAUUAGAAAGAGCUGGAAGAGCCAAAAACUUACCUAAAAAAGUCAAAGAUGGAGUCAGAGGUGUGGAAUCACAUCAAGAAAACACCCCUUCAGCCUCAAUCAUAGUAGUUGGUGAUGAAAUUAUUUCUGGAAAGAUGGAGGAUGAAUUAAGACAUUUGUUGUGUAGGAAGCUUCAUUCUAUUCGUUCGAGUGUUUCCCAUAUUGCUGUUGUAUCAAAUUUUGUAGCUCAAGAAGUUGAAAUCCAAAAGUCUACAAGUUACAUGGUUUGUCUUGUGUAUUCUGGAAAAUCGACAUUUUUAGGAAUAUUGCUACACCUUCUGGGGCAAAUAUCUCAGAAAUAAAUGCAUAAGUUUAACAAUUUUAGGAGUUUAUUACAAUAAGGUAACUGUGAUUUCAUUCACAAUUUUAGGAGUUUAUUACAAUUUUAUUACCUUUGAUAAUGAUGAAUAUAUCAAAGGUUAAUUCUAUAUUGCGAGAAAAUUGUUUUUUUGUAGUAUGUAAAACAAGCACCCAACUGCAAAAACACAUGUUCCGAAUACCCAGUUGAAGUGCAAAGUUG